AUGAGUGAGUAUUCAUCAGAUAUAUCACACGAUAAAGCAUCAAUCUGUUCAGAACAGGAAAUCAAAGAAGUAGAGAAAACUCAAGCAAAAAGAAAAUUAUAUAAAAUGGUGUUCUCUGAUCCUUGCGCUUAUCUUGGUAUCAUAACAUCAGUUAUUGGAGGAUCGACAUCAAUAUUAAAUUAUCUAAUCCUUGGUUUCAUACUCAAUGUCUUGAGAGAAUAUUCAUUAGGAACAAACAAAAACCCGAUGCACAAAAUAGGUAUUCUUUUAGCCAUCUUAGCAGGAAUAUCGGUUGUAACUGGUAUUUGCAAAGGCCUUUCUGCAAUGUUUUGGUUCAGCUCAUCUUCGCAUAUUUCGACAAAAAUAAGGAAUGAAGUCUUUUCAAACAUCAUGAAAUAUGAUACUACAUUUUUCGACAAGCAUGGAAUUGGUGAACUUUUGACAAUUCUUGGAGAAGAUGCAACAAUAAUUAAAAAUGCAUUUGGACCGCAAAAAGGAAGUCAAUUUGAAGAAGGUGGUGAGUUUAUGAUUGGAACAAUUCUUAUCUUCAUUUAUAAUUGGAAACUUGGAUUGAUAACACUCGCCCUUUUGCCUGUAAUGUUCCUUGUUAUAUUACCAUUUAAUUCCGUAAUGGUAAAGCAAAAUGAUAAUAGAUUUGAUAAUACUGCAAAAUCAAUGACAAUUGCAGAAGAGGCGAUAACAUCAAUAAGGACAGUCAGAAGUUUCAACAGAGAGGAAGAAGAAAUCAAAAGAUAUAAUGAUAAAACCGAGACAGCGGGGUACUUUGCAGCAUGUGGUUCAAACUAUACAACAUUGAUGCAAGUAAUUAUUAGUACAAGCACAUGGACUACUGCUAUUGGCGAGAUGUAUUAUGGAGCAACUUUGGUUGAUAACAGUGAAGGAUCGAGAUUUAAAUCAGGUCAACUAUUUUCAUGUUUCGCUUACAUCACUUACGGUGCAUUCAAUUUAAUUUUAUGCAUAGGCAAUAUUAAUACUGAACAAAAAGCAAUUAAUGCUGCUGCAAGAAUAUUUAAGUUGAUAAGCUAUGUUCCGAGUGUUAACUUUGAUGGAGGAUCAACAUAUGAACCAUUUGUUGGAGAAAUCAAAUUCGAAAAUGUUUCAUUCAAAUAUCCAACAAGAUCUGUUAUGGUGCUGAAAAACGUUUCAUUUGAGGUCAAACCAGGACAAAGCAUUGCAUUAGUUGGACACUCAGGAAGUGGUAAAUCUACUUGUGUACAGCUGAUUCAGAGAUAUUAUGACACAACUGAAGGUAGGAUUUUAAUUGAUGGCCAUGAUAUUAAAGAUUUGGAUCCACAUUGGCUUCACAGGAAAAUGGCACUUGUUUCUCAAGAGCCAGUUCUAUUUCGUGGCACCAUUAAAAAGAAUGUUUUAUAUGGUGUUGAGAAGGACAAAGCUGAAGAAGAAAUUUGGUCUGCACUUGAUGUUGCAAAUGCAAAGAAAUUCGUCCUCAAAUUUGAAAAGCAACUUGAAGAAAUUGUUGGUGAUCGAGGAAGUACAUUAUCAGGAGGGCAAAAACAAAGAAUUGCAAUUGCAAGAGCUGUUAUUAAAGAUCCAACAAUCUUAAUUUGUGAUGAAGCAACAUCAGCACUUGAUUCAGAAUCAGAAAAGAAAGUUCAAAAUGCUCUUGAUAAAGUUCUUGAAAAGAGAACAGGAAUUGUUAUAGCACACAGACUUUCUGCAAUUAAAAAUGCAGAUGUGAUUUAUUGCUUUGAUGCUGGUGAAAUCAAAGAACAAGGUAAUCACCAAUCGCUUUUGGAAAAGAAAGGAAUUUACUACAAUCUCGUAAAUAGGCAACUCCAAAGUAAAGAAGAAACAAACGAGAAUCAGGAAUAA